AUGGACUCACAUUGCUCGCCGAGUCGACUCGUUCUGAUCGCCUUCUUCCUCCUUUGCUUCUUAGCCGGCGAUUCAUCGGCGAGAAGACCUGGUUUCUAUUACACCCGACACAGAGGACGAUGCACGCCUCAGUAUUGGAGCAGCAGGAGGGAGGCAUGGCCGAGGAUGGUGCCGGAGAGAUCGACGGUGGAGAAAAUGUUCGGAGUGAUGGUGGCGAAAGAGCGCUGGAGAUCUGAUCUGACGCUGGCGGAAUCGACGGCUAGGAAUGACGAGGAAGGGAACGCGUACGGUGCGUUGCUGAAGCAGGGGAUCGCAGCUCUGCUCAACUCUUACGCCAGGAGAAGUUUCUCAUACGCGCCUUGGGAGGUGAAGACGAUGCUCAUUCAGGCCAUGAUUUCUGAGCCGGCUGCUCGCCGGCAAGCCCAAAAGUUCUCCGCCGCUAACGUGGCUUGUGACUGA